GGCCCAUUUACAGCCCUAUUAGACAUGCCGCACGUCAAAUACGCACGAAGGAUCGGGAUCGUCUCUUGGGCGGUAUCCUCGUUGGAAACCCUAGCGUUUUUUCGACCAUCUGCUGCACAAAGUUGAGAUGGUUGCCAAUGGCGGAGCACCACCAAGAGGUAGUGCAGCAGCAGCUGCCAGCUUGCGCAGACGCAGGCCAGGUGGUGGUGGUGCUGGUGCAGCAGGGGGAGGUGCGAGCACGAUGCUCCAGUUCUACACCGACGAUGCUACGGGAGCCAAGAUGUCUCCCAAUACUGUUCUCUUUAUGAGCAUUGGAUUCAUUGCUGUUGUUGCUCUUCUGCAUGUCGUCGGUAAACUCUAUUUUGUUCGUCACUAGAGCUCCAUGUUUGCGUCCUUACUUUUGAUCUCCCUAAAGGUGCACUCUUGAUUUGAGCAAAACACAGACGAUGUAUUGGGUGGUAGGCAUUGUGACAAUUUUAUUAUCAGAAUCCUUGGAGUUUGCCCCAA